UUUCAGAUAUUUUCCAUAUCGUUGGAACUUGAAGAAUUGCACAGUAUACAGCGUAUUUUCGAAGUACACGCAUUCGUGAAGAAACGCGCAGUAGAACGCAUGCGCUUGUUUUUAUUGUGGCGAGCGUGUGUAACGACUGUGUGUAAGUACGGUUGCGAGAUGUGUACAGGAACAAAGCGUGAAAGGAGAAGGUCGAAUCGCGUGUGCGUUCGACGUUCAAUGAAACUUGCGGUGGGUGGUGAUCGAUGGAGAAAAACAAAUGAAACGACGACGAGAGAAGGUUGGCAGCAGAUACCGCGAGAUGUCGCGGGCUUAGGGUAUACGAGAGGCAGUGGAACGCAGCGCGCGGUGCGCGGCUCGCAUCGUUCGUCAGAGUAAACACACAAGUACGAUCCCGGAGGACAGGCACCUCGUGCGCUGCCACUGGCAGAUAGAGUCGCCAAAGUAGUUUGAAGCUUGCGUCGCGAAACGAGAGGCGAUACGUGAAAGAGGAUUUGCUGAAAGGGAAGUGUCCGCGUGGUGGACGGCGAGAGGCGAAGAAGGAUCGGUGAGGGGUGAUGAUAGGCGACAGGGCUGGAGAGCGGCGGUGAGGGCAUCGUCGGCGUGAGGGCAUAUUGUCAAGACGCUUAAUGUGCGCGGUGCGGGCGCGUGGUACGCUCGAGGCGGCCACAAAUGAAGAAGUGGGAAGCGUCGGCGAGGGCGGUAGAGAGGGAAGAAGAUGUCGAGUGGCUCGGCCUCGAAACUCGUGAACGGUGAGAACAAGAAGGAGAACGUUCACGGAUACGAGUACGGGAACAAGAGAGAAAACGAGAGCGGCGCUGCUGGCAGCACUGCUUCUUCCAUAGUAAUUCUAGCUGGUGAUACUAGUAAUGCUAGUACUACUACUACUACUACCACUACUUCUUCUAUUACUACUAGUAGUACUAGUGCUAUUGUUGCUGCUCCUACUGCUACUACUACUAUUGUUACUGUCGCCGCUGGUGGUGUUGUCGGUACUGGUGCUGGUACCACUGGUACUGCUGAUUCUAGUGCUGCUAGUGAAAGCAGUAGCGGUAGUGGUGAUAGUGGCUGCGGUAAUGGUGGUAGUGGUUGUUUCACCAGCAGUGAUAACGGUGCCAGUGGUAGUAAUAGCGGUGUCUGUGUUGCCGGCUUGACCGCCGAGGGCGUCGUCGGCGUGGAGUUUUGCGACGUUGAUUCCGACGUGAAGAUACCGGGAGCUCGGGAAGCUGUCUGCGAUGAAAGGGAUGUGAACUCGAGGACGGGAUAUAGCGAGAUCGUGUUCGAAGAGCCGUACGACGAAAGGUGUAUCGGGACGCCAGUUGUCAAUCUGAGCACCGCCACAACCACCACCACCGCUACUACCACAACCACCACCACUGCUACUACCACCACCACCAUCACCAUCAUUGAGCACGACGAUCGAAUCAGGACCACGACUGUUUCUGCUCCUUGCUACGAGGAGGACGAGGAAGAGGAUAACGAGGAGGACGACGACAACAACAUGGUCGCGGCGAUGAACGAGCACUUGUCUACCACGUCGGCGACCAGCGGCGUUCGAAGUAACACGGUCUCCACCGCCAGCACCACCGUCAAUCCCACCGUCGUCAACCAGGGGAACAGUUGCUCCCGCGGUGAAUUCGAGAACGUCGACGAGGAUGGUAAACCAGCCGCCGGGAUACUCAGUUUCCCCUGUGACUUCGACCACAUGUACGCCAGCAUGACAGACAGCGGGGCUCCAGCAGCCACCGCCACUUCUGCGCUCGGUGUCAGCCCUCUCCGUGGCAAUGAACCGCGUCAAAACGAUCUCACCGAAGUUAAACAUCUCAAGGAACUGUUGCUGCUUCAUCUAGAUCUGAUCCAACAACAGUCCGAGCAGAUCGUUACCAAGGAUAAGCUCUUGGCAGCUUUGCGACAGGAGAACGAAACGCUUAAGCUGCGGCUGGAGCGUAUGGACAGACGUGUAAAUUUACAAAAGCUUAGAUCAGAAAAUAAUGAAAAUUCCAUUGCAUCCGAACAUGUAGGAGUAUGUUCUUCUCCGACUAUUAAUUCUAUGAAUGUGCCAUCGACCAGCGAGCUUCACAGAAAUAUUCAAUCCGAGAAUAAUAAUUCUCAGUAUAAUGAAAGCUUUAAGAUACGUUUAAAUACCAGUGGUGGAAUUACUACUGUCAAACAGGAACCAAAUGAUAAUCAAAGUAAGCACGAAACAAAAAUAGAAACUGGUAACGAUAUUAGAUUAGAGUGGGAAGAGAAAAAGAAGAGGAGAACAGAUUCAACGUCAAUUUCCAGUGGAAGUAAAAGGAAAAGGGGUGUUUCGUGUUCGUCUACGAUCAGUAAUGACACAUCCUCUACAGUGCAAGACAAAACGUUAGGUCAAGAAAACAACAGAAAAAGUGAUAGGAAAGGAAAGCCAUUAACAAAGAAGGAGUCAUUCCUUACUACGGAAGAACAUUAUUAUACAGCUGUUGGUGAUCCUAAUUAUACAUUAAAUUUAAAAGAACCUAAUUUAGUAGAAAGUGAUACCUCGUUAGAAGUUCCAAAUUGGAGGGUAAAGAUAUAUACAAGCUGUUAUACGAUGGAAGGAACGGAAAAUUUGGAUGAUGAAAUUUUUAACAAAAGACAUUUAAAGUUAGAAAAUGAUGAAAGGAGGAGGAAAAGAUGGGAUGUACAAAGGAUAAGAGAACAGAGACAUAUUGAAAAAUUGAAACAAAGACAAGAAAGACAGAAUCAUCAAGCAACGUGUUACAAUACAAAUCAUACUGGACCUUGUCCAUCUACUGUUGAGGAAGAGGCUGUCUUGUCGUUAUGGCCUGACGUAGAACAAAUACAAAGUCUUCAAGUGGAUCCUCAGUUACCUAUUGCUGCAUUUGGUGCCCCUAUUCCUAGUUUCACUCCAAGUGAAUUUUCUUUACCUUGGUCAAAUAUGUCACGUUCGAACAGUCGUCGCCCAAAGCGGUCAACAGGUAGAAGAAAAUCUACUAGAAGAUAAACUUUUAUACCGGUGGACAGGACUAUUUUUUGUCUUAUCAUUUUUAAUCUUUAUUAUAGAUAUGCUCCCUCGUAUUUCUAUUUUUCUUUCUUUUUUUUUCUAAAAUCAUUUUUUUUAUUAUAUGAAAUAGGAGCACCAAAGAUAUUUUUAUCAUCUUUUUUAAAGCAAAAUUCAGGAAAGAUGACUAUAGGAGACGAUAGGAGUACCUACAAUGUAUUUUUAUUUCUUACUUAUUGAUUCAAGUUUACUAGUAAAACUUGACCUUCUAUAAGAAUCGUUUUAUUUGUACGACUGUAAUUUGGUAUCAUUUAUAUUUUAUAGAAAUAUUCAUUUAUCUAAUUUUAAUUGAUAUUUAUUGAAUAUACUUUCCAAUCUGGAGCUGUAUUAGAACAAUGGAUAUAAGAAAUUAUAUUCAGUAUAUUUCCUUUUUGUAUAAAGCUGGAUAAAAUGAAUUAAAUUAAAUAUGUUGGAAGGUUAAGUAUGUUCAAGAAACAUUACAAAAUUAAUAUUAUAUACAUGUAAAUAAUACAAUCAAUUUCAAAAUUUUCGUAGCCCCUCUUCUUUAAUUUCAAUUAUAACACUAAUUGAUACCGACAAAUAUGUUUUAUAAUUAGUAAGUCAUAACUAUUUUUGACAUUGUUACGGUUGAGAAUAUUAAAAUGAAAAUAGUGUGUAAAUUAAAUGUCAGUUGAAAAGAUUUAAUCCGUCUCGAAACAAAUUUUAUGAACUUCAUGUAAUAUUUUCAUUUUCAAUUUCAAUUUCAAUUUAAAGUACAAACUGGAAAUUAGUAUACAAGCAUAUAAAAUUGUUAAUUGCAAAAGUGCGUGUAUUGAAUUUUAAGAUGAAUUUAAUUCGUAUGGUUUUCGAGUUAUUUUAAUAAAUAACAUGUGCAAAAUUAUUUAUACUGCAUCCUUUAUAAACUAUUUUUAUUUGGAUUUUAAUAAAAAUGAAGUGCAUAAUUAUUUAUAGAAAAUUAUCAAAUAUUUAUAAGUGUAAGUCUUCCGAAAUAUUAAAAAUAUAUUAAACAGAUUUGUAUAAGAGUUUAGAAAUGGGAGCUUUUUAAAAUAUCAUGCGAACAUAGUACGUCAAAUAGUACAAUGAAUAGUACACUUUGUUUGGUUUUGGUUUAAAAAUUAAAUAAAAAGUUCAAUAUUGUGAAUCAUUUAAUAAUGAAGAAGACGAUAAUUUGUUGGACGUUGUAUUUUAUUAAUUUAAAGUAUAAAAUAUCUAUUAUGAUUAUCUAUAACUUUACCUGUUUUAAACUUAAAUUUUUGAACAUUUUUAUAGACAAAGUAUAAUUUAAUGUAUUGCUGUAUGAGAAAUUUAUAAUUGGUAUAUAAAUGGUUAUAAUAGAGAGAUAAAUGUUAAAAAGUUAAAAAAAUACAUACAUACAGCUACUGAUAACUUGUUAUUUACGUUGAAUUUAUAUAUAUAUUCACAUUGUAUAACCAUGAAUUAUUUAUGUAAUUUUUUUUUUUUUAUAAUAACUUGUGACAAUGAUAAUGAAAAAGAAAAGGGGUUACGACGUACGCUCAGAAGUAUUAAAAUUCAAUGAACCUAAAAUAAAUCUUUUUUUUAAUUUUGACAUCAAUCAUUAAAGAUAUAUCGUUGUCCUGUUUUCUUUGUAUUUUCUUUUUCAUUCUUCUCUCUUUUUUCUCUCUCUUUCUAAAUUCUACCAUUGCAUUUAGUUGCAAUUGUUGAAGAACUUUUCAACAAAAUGUAUUAAUUUUUUUAUGCAUGUAGUUCAGUUAUAUUAUUUUAUUUUAUUAUACAUGACAAGUGAUAAGGUACUCGAUUCAACCGUCCAUGAGAAAUGUGAGCAUUUCGUAAACUGAAAUGUUCAACAUUAAAACACGGUGAAAAUAGUGAUUAUAACUUGUAAAUAAAAAGAAACAUCUUUCCAAUUAUA